AUGUCUACUGAACAAAUUCUAUGCAAUGGUUGCGGUGUAGAUUCCAAGAGUGUUUAUUUUAGUGGUGUUUUAAAAGAGGUUUCGAAAAUGGAAAUUGAAGAUUGGUUAUUCAUGAAACCAUAUGUUUUUACACAUGUUAUUAAAGAUCUUGCUGAAACGCAUGGAAUUGUGCAUUUUGAUACAAUUAAAGAUGCAAGCCUAUUUUUUUAUGGAAUGCGUGAAAAGCAUGAACUAUCUGAUAAUGUUAUUAAAUUUUCAGCUGCAUACAAAUUUGGAAAAAGACAGGGAAAUUGUAUACCCAAAGAUUCAAAUGCCCAAUAUAAUGGAUCUAACUGA